AUGGCUACGAGAAAUGAGCAAGAACGACUUCUAACCGAGGCCUUGAACAACUUGGCGCAAGUUAUGGCCAAUCAGGGAGGCGGUGGAGGAGCUACUCUAUACCAUGGUUUAGAUCGCUUUCAGAGGAACAACCCACCUACCUUCAAAGGGGGUUAUGAUCCUAAGGAUGAGGCGGAGUAUUGGUGGGAGAACACUCGCCCACGUUUAGAGGGAGCAGGUGGUGUUGUUAUCCCAUGGGGGACCUUCAGACAAACUUUUCUGGAGAACUAUUUUCCAAAAGAUGUUAAGAACAGAAAGGAUAUGGAGUUCCUCGAGCUGAAACAGGGAAGUAUGACGGUGGCAGAGCUUGCAGCGAGGUUUGAGAACCUCGAAAGGAUCUUUGACGAAGAUCAACGGGAGAAGGUUACAUUUUAUAGGAAUGCCAAUGUUAGUCGUGGGAAAGAGAAGAAGCCUGUGACUUAUAGUCGUGCUAAGCCAUAUUCUACCCCUCUCGGGCAAUAUGGAAACCAUUAUGGGGGACAAAGGACAAGUGGAGGACAUCACCUAGCUGGUGGGAGUUCUCAAUUAGUUAACAGAGUGUCUCAGCCUUCUGGUAGAGGUGGAGGUGGUGCUCCUGCUACAUCUGCUACGCCAACCCGGUGUGCUAAGUGUGGUAAGAUAGGUCAUUUUGCUCGUGAUUGCCCAGAUAGUGAUGUGACUUGUUUCAACUACCGAGGUAAGGGCCAUCUCAGUACUAGUUGCCCACAUCCGAGGAGGGAGAAGAUGAGUGGAAGUCUGAAUAACCAGAACAGACAACCAAUGAACACAGGGAGAGUGUUUGCUCUUAGUGGUGCUGAUGUCACACAGUCUGAUGAUCUCAUUCAAGGUGAUAUGUUUUUGUCUGCUAACCAAGUUAAGGCAUCUUUGAGGGAGGAUGCACGGGUAAACAUGAUCUUAGCUAAUAUGAGUGUCGAGACCAAAACCCAUGUGAGUGAUAUACCAUUAGUGAGAGAGUUUCCAGAGGUGUUUGAGGAGGUGUCAAGAUUACCACCUGAGAGAGAGGUCAAGUUCUCUAUAGACUUAGUGCCCGGUACUAGACCCAUAUCCAUAACACCUUAUAGGAUGUCCCCUGUAGAGUUGAGCGAGCUUAAGAAACAAUUAGAGGAACUCUUAGAGAAACAGUUUGUGAGGCCUAGUGUGUCACCUUGGGGAGCACUGGUGUUGUUAGUUAAGAAGAAGGAUGGGACUAUAAGGCUAUGUGUAGAUUAUCGUUAG